CUGGGAUUCUGAACGCCGCCUCCGCGAGGUCUCCGCCUGGAGUUGCCAAGUAGAGUCGGGGCCGUAGCGCCACUGCCGCGAGUGUCGGGCCGGGGGGCUCGGGCUGCAGUGCAGGUUCACGAGCGCAGCGCCGGCAGUGACCUGGUGACCAUGGCGGAGCCGCAGCCCUUGGCUCUGCAGCUGGAACAGUUGCUGAAUCCGAGACCGCGGGAGGCGGAUCCUGAGGCCGACCCGGAGGAGGCCACUAGAGCCAGAGUGAUUGACAGAUUUGAUGAAGGGGAAGAUGAGAAAGAUGAUCUGGCAGUAAGUAGCAUUAGAAAGUUGGCACCAGUCUCCCUCUUGGACACCGACAAAAGGUAUUCUGGCAAGACCACUUCUAGGAAAGCUUGGAAAGAAGACCAUUGGGAGCAGGCUCUGCCAAGUUCAUCUGAUAACGAAGCAUCUGAUGAGGGUGGAUCUGAAGAUGGGGAUUCAGAGGGCCUGGGCCUGGAGGAGAUCUCAGAAGAUGUUGAAGAAGACUUAGAAGACAACGAAAUAUCUGAUGAGGAUGGAUCUGAAGAUGGGGAUUCAGAGGGCCUGGGCCUGGAAGAGUUCUCAGAAGAUGUUGAGGAAGACUUAGAAGGCGAGGAUGAGGAAGACAGAGAAGAAGACAGGAACAGUGAAGAUGAUGGUGCGGUGACGGCCUUCUCCAGUGUCAAAGUUUCUGAGGAAGUGGAAAAAGGAAGAGCUGUGAAGAAUCAGAUAGCAUUGUGGGACCAGCUCUUGGAAGGAAGGAUCAAGCUACAAAAAGCUCUCUUGACUACCAAUCAGUUGCCUCAACCAGAUGUUUUCCCUGUCUUCAAGGACAAAGGUGGCCCAGAAUUUGCCAGUGCUCUGAAAAAUAGUCACAAAGCACUUAAAGCCUUGCUAAGGUCAUUGGUGGAUCUUCAGGAGGAGUUGCUUUUCCAGUACCCAGACACGAGACAUAUAGUAAAUGGGGCAGAACCCAGUGCAGAGAGUGAGGAGAUUUCCAGUGAAGAUGAUGAGCUAGUGGGAGAGAAGAAGAAACAACGAAAGGCCCCACCCAAGAGGAAGCUAGAGAUGGAGGACUAUCCCAGCUUCAUGGCAAAGCGCUCUGCUGACUUCACCAUCUACAGGAACCACACACUACAGAAAUGGCAUGAUAAAACCAAGCUUGCUUCUGGAAAACUGGGCAAGGGUUUUGGUGCCUUUGAACGCUCGAUCUUGACUCAGAUUGAUCAUAUUAUGAUGGACAAAGAAAGAUUACUUCGGAGGACACAGACCAAGCGCUCUGCCUACCGAGUUCUUGGCAAACCUGAGCCAGUCCCUGAGCCUGUUGCAGAGAGCUUGCCAGGAGAACCGGAGAUCCUUCCUCAGGGCCCUGCCAAUGCCCACCUGAAGGACUUGGAUGAGGAGAUAUUUGAUGAUGAUGACUUUUACCACCAGCUCCUUCGAGAACUCAUAGAGCGGAAGACCAGCUCUUUGGAUCCAAAUGAUCAGGUGGCCAUGGGAAGGCAGUGGCUUGCAAUCCAGAAACUACGAAGCAAAAUCCGCAAGAAGGUAGAUAGAAAAGCCAGCAAAGGAAGGAAACUUCGGUUCCAUGUCCUUAGCAAGCUCCUGAGUUUCAUGGCACCUAUUGACCACACCGCAAUGAGUGAUGAUGCCAGGUAAGGGUACACACUCACAACCAGCACUGAGAGGUGGAGCCAGGAGGAUCCCGAGAGCACAUUGGCCAGCCAGCCGCAGCCAGAGAGAAGCCCUGUCUCAGGACACAAAGUGGACAGUUCCUAAGGAAAGUUCCACCCCCACCCCCGCCCCACCCCCACACAACUCGUUUUACUUCAUUGCUGUGGUCUAUGAAUCAUAUACUUAUGCACACUUAUGUAUCCAGGCUCCUAUGAGGUCUCAGGAGGAUGCCAGGCACCUUCUCUUGCUGAACCUAGAGUGCAUGGUUUUCUGGCUAGCCUGCCUAUCCAGCAAGCCCCUUGACCCUGUUUCCACUGUUGCCCUACACUGAGGUCACCGAGUGCAUGGGCACACUUAGCUUGUCACACGGCACACGGCACUGCAUAUCUGAGCUCAGGGCUGUGUAGCAAGCAUUUUACCCAGUGAACCGUCUCCUCAGCCCAAUAAUGUUAAUUUUUAAAAUCCAACUUUAAAAAUAAAUUAGCCAAUUAAAUUAUUUCUUAGACUGAGAUUACAGCAAAGGGUGUGGGGGAGGGGAAGAGCCCUCACUCUGCUCUGAAGCUCCGCACACAUGAUCGUAAUUGGGAUCUUGUUGCUGGGUCAUUUCCAUUGUUUUUCAAGUACUGCCAAGUCCCAGAAAUGUAUGAAAACUAAAUUAUAUCCCCUACAUCCCAUGUCUGAUUGAAUCCUCUCGUUGCUUGCCAGUCUCAUAUAUCCUAUUAAAAUAUUCAAUCUUGUUUUCUUACUUGAAGAGCCUGUCUGUAAAGGGCAAACUUAUAGAAAACUCAUUCCCUGGAGACAGGGUAUCCAGCCACACUGCACUAUUUACAUAUUUCACUCUGUGAUUGGCUGCUUCUGGGUUUCUUCUUUCCCUUGUAUUUGUGAAGAAGUGCUCCGAGAUGUGGUUCUUAAUUACAUGGCUGUGUUUUCAAUUGAAGAAACAGAUGAAGGUAUUUCCCAGCUUCUUGGUUCCUUUUUAACCUUGAAAAGUUAAGCAGCAUGUUAAUCAGUUUGCUUUAU